UGUUAGAAAGUGUAGGGCUCCGGAUUAACCUUCACCCUCUCAUUUAAACAUCAAUUUUUCUCUGUCACGCAAACUUCCUGGGCUCAGAGCCAAGUAGUGAUGUAGAAGGAGGGAAGGAAAGACUUUAAAUAGGGAGGUGUGUGAGAGAGUGACUAUCUUCAGUUACUAACCAUUGAAAAGAGUCCUUGAGAGAAGCUGCAGAAGUCACCAUGAGCAAGAUCAGCGAGACAGUGAAGCGGGCCAGGGCUGCCUUCAACUCUGGCAAAAGCCGGCCCUUGAAGUUCCGGAUCCAGCAGCUGGAAAACCUCCGACGGAUGAUGAAGGAGAGAGAUGAGGAAAUCGCUGCUGCCCUGUACGCCGAUCUCCACAAGAGCAAGUGGUCUGCACUCUACGAAGAGGUCAUUUAUUCCCUGGAAGAGGUCGAGCAUGCGAUUGCCAACCUUUCCCAGUGGAUCCUGGAUGAGCCUAUGGAGAAGAAUGAUAAUACACAGGAUGGAGAGCCCUACAUCCACUCAGAACCACUGGGUGUGGUUCUGAUCAUCGGGGCCUGGAACUAUCCUUUCAAUCUGUCCAUCCAGCCGUUGGUGGGCGCCAUUGCUGCAGGCAAUGCUGUGAUCCUCAAACCUUCGGAGAUGAGUGAACAAACAGCCAUUAUGCUGGCUACCCUGCUCCCUCAGUACCUGGACAAAGACCUGUUUCCAGUUAUUAAUGGUGGUGUUCCUGAGACCACAGAAUUGCUGAAGGAGAAAUUCGACUAUAUCCUCUACACCGGGAGCACAGCAGUGGGCAAGAUUGUCAUGACGGCUGCAGCCAAGCACCUGACCCCAGUGACCCUGGAACUGGGGGGGAAGAGUCCCUGUUACAUCGAUAAGGACUGUGACCUUGACAUUGCCUGCAGACGUAUCACCUGGGGGAAGUACAUGAACAGUGGCCAAAUUUGCAUAGCUCCAGACUACAUCCUCUGUGAUCCCUCCCUGCAAGGCCAAGUGGUGGAGAAGAUUAAAAAAACCCUGAAGGAAUUCUAUGGGGAUGAUGCCAAAAGUUCUCGUGACUAUGGAAGAAUUGUCAACAACCGUCACUUCAAAAGGGUGAUGGGCUUAAUUGAGGGACAGAAGGUGGCAUAUGGAGGGAAUGGAGAUGAGACCUCCUGCUACAUAGCUCCAACCAUUCUCACUGAUGUUGACCCGAGGUCCAAGGUGAUGCAGGAAGAAAUCUUUGGGCCUGUUCUCCCCAUCGUCUGCGUGAAGAGCCUGGAUGAAGCCAUCCAGUUCAUCAAUGAGCGGCCAAAGCCCUUGGCUCUCUAUGUGUUUUCUAACAACGACCAGGUCAUUAAGAAGAUGAUUGCAGAGACUUCCAGUGGAGGGGUGACCGCCAAUGACGUGAUGAGCCACGUUGGCGUCCACACGCUACCCUUUGGUGGCGUAGGUGACAGUGGCAUGGGCUCCUAUCAUGGUAAGAAGAGCUUUGAGCUCUUCUCUCACCGCCGGUCCUGCAUGAUCAAGUCUCUGAAGAAGGAUGACUCUGACAAAGUCCGAUUUCCACCUUUUCCAGUUAAGGCCUCAUUGAAAUGAGGAGGCAGCUGAACUCCUUUACCCAUUGGGGCAAACCGAUGUGUGGAAGGAAGCCCACCUAGCUCUGAAUCUUCACCCCUGCUGAGCUCCCAAUCUACCCCCUCUCUUUCAUCUGCCUCAAGGAAUCCUACUCCUCCCUCAAUUAGCACUUUGAGUGUCACCUCCUCUGAGAAACCUUCCCAGCCCACCCCAGCCCACAGCUGGGACACCUUGCUCCUCUGGACUCCCAGAGCAUCUACUGUCUUUGCAUCACCCUUGACCUUAGCACAGAUUCCUUUGGGUUGUUACUUAGCAGUUCUGGGCUCCUAUGUCUAUCUUCCUAAUUAGACUGAAUGCUUCCCGAGGACAGAAAUCAUCUUACUUUUUUGUAUUCCCCCCACCCUUGGUGCCUAGCACAGUACUGACCAUGGAACAUUUAUUCAAUAAAUACCUGUCGAAUGAA